AUGGAGCUACUCAUGUGGUGCAGAAUGGAAGGUUCUUUAGAAGAUCCUUGGAACCAGCCAAAGACUUUGAUCAGUACGAAUCAAUGCUGAAGCUGAAUGAAAGACGAAUUAUGGGGAUAUAAAGGUUUUCUUUAGAAAUCAGUGUUACGAAUGACGAGACAGGUAGUUUGAAAUGAAAAAUAUAAAAAAGCGUAAAUUAUUUGAACGUCGAGGUACCGAUUUAUAACAAGGAUUUCCAAUUGAAGACACUCAGAACUCAGACGCUUGAUUUGUUGAUAAAAGCUAUAUAACUUAUCGUUCAGCAUGCUAUAGUCGAUAAACAAAUCAAGUGUCCUGAGGCCGUAUUUAUGAAAAUCGUGGCCUUGAACGUGACCAAAAUAGAAAAUUUGAAAUCAAGACCGCAAAAUUUCACAAAUACAGUUUUAAUUGAGAAAUUUGAAAAAAAAACCUAUAAAAUGGAACAACUUUUACGAAAAUUGAUUCAAUCAAGAAGCACCAAGAGAGAGAAACAGGCCUAGUGAAUCAAUAAACGCGAAAUUGAGCCGGUGAAGAUGAGGAAAAUUCGAAAAAGAGCUCGAGAACGGAGAAACAGAACGAAGCCGCCCGUCCUGCCGGACGACAAGCCCAGGUCGGUCCACCGCGCAGCGCAGCCGAUUCGCCACCACUUUGAUGUUUUUUUUUUAAAUUUAAAGAAAAUGUUUGCAUUUUAUCCUUUGAAAUUCAAGCCCAAGGAGUUCAGCCACUACGUGGAAACAAAUGCUCAAAAAGUUUAUUUUGAAGUUUCUCCAUAGAGAGCAAAUCUCCAGGUAAUUGUACUGAAUUUGAUGGGCUCUGAGUUCAGUUGAGGAUAAUCGAUGCAGAUUGCCACGUUGAUGUACUGGCGGCGAAUAAACGGCUCGCUUGGCAGUGUGCCAAAAAAAAAGAAAAUGACCGCCGGAGAUUUGUCGUCUUUUGCAAAAACCCGUGUGCGCGGAGGACGGACGGCGAAACGUAUCUUUGGCUGA